UCCGCCUGGGAGAUGUUCUAUCUCACACACCAAGGACACAAAUAAUACAGACAACUACAACAAGAACAACAAGAAGUCUACCAUAAGCAUGCCCAAAACCCGUGCCCAAGCGGCCCAAGCGACCAGGACAGCCUCACUGAGUGACUCUAGCAGUGGCUUAAGCGACCCACCGACAGACAUUGAAGACGCAUUGCAGAACGAACCGAGGCAGAAGAGACGCGUGACGGUGGAGGAACAUGAUGAACAAGCUCCAGGUCCUGAUAUAGAGAUGGGUGAGGGCGUAGAAGGUCAGAAGUCUGAUACACUUCCCACUGAAUACAACUGAUCAAAUGUAGAUGUACCAAAUCCAGACCUAGACUACGAUCCUAAGGCGCCCCGCAAGAUCCGGCGCGUACGCGACAUUGAGAUCGAGCUUCGCCUGACUCCAGAGCAAAGCGACCAAAUGCGCAUCCUCAUCAACGAAGAGAUGAAGAAGGCCGACAUCCUUGGAAAGAUUACGUUCAGCUCCAGGCCCAAGGCCCUGCAGGAUGAGCCUCUUCGGGCGGUCAUCGAGACUGCGAAGCGCGAGUUGCGAUUCCUCAAAGACACGGGGGUUGAGGGUAAGAGGCUGGACGAGCUGUUACUGGCUCGAGCUAUGAUCAAUAAUAGCAACGAAAAGCACAACGUUUUCAUGGUCAAGGUAGGGAAGGUCCAUCGACGAGCCGGCGCUCCCAUGCCUGCUCCUCCCCCUACUUCUACUACUACAAAUGUAGAAGGUGAAGUAUUUCAGCCCGAUCUUGCUGGGCACGAACCUACGCCGGUGGUAACUAUACCGCGAUCAGCUUCGCGUGACCGCCAACCUACUCAUCGGCCCUCGGUGCUGGCUGCAUCGCUCAACGACUUGGGUAUAGGAGAACACGCAGAUGCCACUCCUCAAGAAGACAGACUUUUGAUUCAGAAUCCUGACCAUCAAGCCGCCGCUGCUCCUACAUUCAACCUGGACAUGUUUCACCCAACGGCGUUCCUGAUUCGCGUCGUCAAUAGCACUACCGGUGCCGCGGUGCAUACCUCGCAGUUGAUCCCAACGUCUCGUCGCGGGUCGAUGAUUGCUAUCGAUGAUAUGAGCUUCGAUAGAUUCAUCGAGCUAGUUAGCGCCCAGGUGGGCUUUGACGUACAGGCACGUACCAGUGCCAUUAUGCCCAGAGGGGGCUCAAUCGGACCAUCGGACUCAAAGGUGAAGCUGGUUUCUGAAGAUAGCUGGAAAGCUGUGCUCUACAUAGUGCACAACGCGAGGAUGAGGACGUGUGAGUUUGUGGUAGAGGAGCGUGGGGUAGAGGGCUGAGAUGGAAGGCUGGAGGUGGAGGCGGUGUAAGGGCAAUCUGGUGUUAUUGGCGUCCACAGACCUGUUACUUGUCAUUCCUUGUCAUUCCCUCGCAUCAUUGCUUCUUCUUUUAUCUCUGUGCUGACGGAAAAGCGAUAUCUCGCAGGACGUCCGUUCAAUCUUGAGCGCACAAUUUAACCAUCACGUCCACAUACCCAUGCGCGA